AGAAGAACAACAGCUGUGCUCGGCGGUGAUUUCCGGAAAUGUUUAGUAGGAAAGCUUUCAGCGAGGAAUGCUGCACAACGGUACACGGGAGUGGCGCAAGACUUGUUGUUUGGCCAUUGUAAUACAGUUAAUAGGGAGAGGUGUUGGGGAGGGACGGAGGCUAUUAAAUGUGAUAUAUUGAGGGGAGAGCGGCUCAAGGUCCGGCUGGAGUGAGAGAGGCUGGAGGGAGAGUGUGAGUCACGGACCAGGAAUGCCUCUCCAAGAUGCUAUAGCUGCCGGAUGAUCAACAGAUUGAUAUUUAAUGAGUGUUGGAUCAAGACAAGCUCAUCACUUGUGCCCCAGCUUAGCCAAACUAUGCACCAUGGAGUGUGGAGAGACAGAUUCCAUGACCAUUAUUUCCAGACAGGAGGGUUACGACUAUGAGUUCGUGCCUGUCCUUGACUCCAAGUAUGAGUGUGCUAUUUGUCUGUUGGGGCUGAGGUCCCCAGUACAGACUGCUUGUGGACAUCGCUUUUGCAAAGAAUGCAUCUUUAACAGCAUGAGCGAAAGCAGCAACCGUUGCCCAAUUGACAAUACCCCACUAACUGAAGCAGACUUAUUUCCUGACUCUUGUGCCGAGAGGGAGAUCCUGCAGCUGAAGGUCAAAUGUCCGAAUCAUGCCCUUGGCUGCACACGCACUAUAGACCUUAUGUACAUUGAGCAUCACACUCAGGCAUGCUCCUUCCAACCAAUUAUGUGUCCAAAUGAGUGUUCAGCUACAGUUCUUCAGAAAGAACUUGAACAACACUUGAUGUCUGAGUGUGUCUUACGGGUCAAAAAAUGUGCUCUCUGUGACGAGCCCUUUACUUUCAACCAAGAGCAGCUUCAUCUCCUUACUUGCGUCCAUGUGGUAGUGUCAUGCGAGAUGUGCGGGACGAUGGUGGCUCGUGGUGAUGUCGCUACCCACAUGACAGAAACAUGUCCCAAGGUGGUAGUUGCAUGCUCCUUUGCCGAGCACGGUUGCCACCAAAAGAUGACACGAGCUGACCUAGACCAGCACAUGGCGCAGGAAACGCAAUUUCAUCUCUUCUUAUUAUCAUCGGCUUACAAGAAAAUCAACACAUUUGUAUCGGAUUUAAGUCGAACUGUUGGUGUAAUACAGUCCCCAUAUGGAAACUUCAGUCGACAGCCAAGUUUACGAAGUCAAAUUUCUGCCACAUCUCCAAUACCCGAGAACCACAUAAGCCCAUCUCAUCCUGAGAGAUCAUUAGAAAAAUCCCUAUCUGCAUCUGGAGCCACUGGGUGCAGUGACAAGCCACCGACGUUUCCUUCUCCGCAGUAUGGAGACAAAGGAGGAGCGGAUACCGGAACUGAGGGUAACAAACUUCACCUCCAUAUGAGUCACUUGAAUAUUAAUGAUGGUGGCAAAGGAACUCCAAAGUCUUCCAUGUCGGUACUGACCAAUCAAGAUAUAAUACUACGUGACUUGUGUGAAAAGAGUGUAGAUUUAAGUCAGAGCAUGGUAGAAGAAACCAUUAAGCUUAGUAAUUUAGCCAAAAGGAUUGAAGAAAUUGAUGCUUAUGUUGAGGCUCAGUUGACUGAGGUAAGUGGAAAGUUCUGUAAUGGUGAGUACGUUUGGAGAAUAAGGAAUUUUUCACAGUUAUGUGCUGAGCUACAAAAUAAUCCUGGGAGGGUCUGCCACAGUCCGCCAUUCUACACAUCUCAAUUUGGUUAUAAAUUUUGUUUGCGAACCAACAUCACACGUAAGUCCGACGAGCAUUUUUUAGCACUAUUUAUUCACACAAUGCAGGGUGAUAAUGAUGAUUUCCUGGACUGGCCAUUUAGUGGACGAAUAACAAUCUCUGUUUUAGAUUGUGGCAAAAUCCUGCCUAAGCAGCACAUCACAGAAACAAUGAUGAGCAAGCCAGACCGGCAAGCAUUCAUGCGGCCGGAGGUUUCUCGGAAUCCUAAAGGAUUUGGCUUCACAGAUUUUGUGCCUCUUAAUAAACUACUUGAGGCAAAACAUGGAAUGUAUAUAAAAAAUGAUGUUUUGUGCAUUCGUGCAGUGGUUUGUCCAGAAGCACUGACCACUAAACAAAUUGAAUGCAAUUAAAUGUUCUAAAUAUGCCAUUAAGUAUUAAUUUGGAAAUUACAUACCAGUGACAUACUGUACUGGUAAGUUAUGAGUCUCGGUACAAUACGGUUAAGUAAAUUAUAUUACAGUACAGUGUUCUUGUAAAUUGAGAAUAGGUCAUGAUUAAACACAUUCAAUUACAUUAUUACUGUGUAGCUUUCAUUUGUUUGUGACCAGGGUAGAUGCAUUUAAAAUAAAUUGGCUAGAAAGGCCAACUUGCUUUAGGUAAUACAUGUAUACCAGUUGCACUAUUGUUAAUUUUCACACUUUUUUUGUGAAAUUGAGUCAAAUAUAGUGAUGAAAUUUAUCAAAUGGCUGUCUCUCAACUUUGACAUCUUGCUUACCCUGACACACUUGCUUUGUUAACAGGGUGGCAUGUAGAAAUUUCCUGAAGUGUUCAGCCACCUUUUGAGUGUUCAAAGCUCAUUACCUACUUACCUUUUAAUGGCUACGUAGGUCAGCCACCUUUUGAGUGUUCAAAGCUCAUUACCUACUUACCUUUUAAUGGCUACGUAGGUCACCUCUUCUUCAGCCCAGUCCGUAAACAAUUCUACUUGCCAGGUUAAUUUACAUAUGCAAAUCAAUCUCCAUUUACUCUGUGAGACAGCAAGCACAAGCAUAUUAUGAUGGUAGACUGUUCACCAAGAAUUAAGCAUAGUGUAACUGUGAAUUAAAAAUAUUAGCAGGAGUUGACAUUGUUAGUGCUGUAGAGCCCAAGAUACGAACCAAUAGUGAGAUUUGAGUUGUGGGCUGGGUACUGGAACUGACUACUGUACAGUAUUUAGUGCCAUGUUUUCUACUUUGGGAAGCAUGGCAGUGCUUCCAUCGGCAAUGACAUUUACAAUUGUAAAUACUUUAUGCUUAUUGUUAGAGUAUUUGCUGCUCAGGGCAGGUGAUGCUUCCAGAUCUAUCUUGCUGAAGGUAAUUCACGAAUAUUAAGAAUGAUAGAGUAGUAGAUUGUAUUUAAAAUGAUAACAUAUGAAUAAUUAUGGUAUUAACAUGUGAUAUGCAUAAUUUGGUAUUAGGAUUAGUUUGAGAGUUGCUAAAAUUUAUAAUGUACAAUUAACGUGAUCAGUAUUCCAAGUGUGUAAUUAUUAACUACAAAUUAAUAUUACACUGCCAAGGUUAAUGCAAUAGCUGCUCAAUGCAUCAAUGCAGGAAGUUAUAAAAGUAAUCAAGAGAUUGUUUUAUGAGUUUUUAAUUAAAAUAAUUAAAUAUUCACACAAGAAAAACAAUAUAUUGUAUUAAUGAUAGUUGUCAAAGAUAAUUAACAUCUUCCUGGUCCUUCCUCUACAUACAGCUCAUAAUCUGCCAACAUCCUGGUGUAUGUGAUAUCGGGAAGCAAAUUGGUUAAAAUUGUAUAUUACUAUUAAUUUUAAAGUGUAUAUUUACAGUAUAUUUUUAUAUUUAUUUUCUGUACAUAAUUGUUAGGUUUCAUUAUAGAGUAUGGUUGUUAUGUUUAAUGUUUGUGUAUACUUUUAAUGCCAUGUAGCUUCAAGCUUUUGGUGUAGGUUUAUAUUAAUAGAAUACUGCAUUGUGCUGUGCUGAUCUCUGAUAAUUACCAUAUAUUCAUGACUCGAACCCAUUCUCAAGCCGAGCAUUUGAAUUCGGAGUGUUUCGGUGAAGCUCUUCAGCCACAUUCAGUCAGUCUUCAACUGGCAGUAUUCUUUUGGAUACUGUGUUUUUCUGAUAAUAGCCUCUUGGGUUAUAAUAAUAUGUGCAAUAACAAAUCUCUAUUUCUAAAAAUAAAAUUCUGAAUUCUGAUUAUUAGUAGGGGGGUCUUGCUUUACCCAGAUAUUUUGUAGUAUCUACCUUCUGGAAGUUGAAGAUAGAUGAGAUGACUGUAUAGUAAUGGAAAAAAUACAAUUCGUAUCUAUCUAGCCUGUUCUCUCAAUUUGCCACCUCAUAACAAAUGCAACUGUUGUGCCUAACUAGAAACAUAGGCACUUCAAACAACCCUCCUAACUUAGAGGCAGAUGCAUAGAAAAUGUCAAUUAUGUGUUUUUAAUGUUUACUAAUACAUCACCUUUUAACGUAAUUUCUGUAAGAAAUACGAAGUAUUAAGUGUGAGGACAGGUUGAUCUAUUACUAGUAACAUUUCUAAUUAAAUUGGUUGCAGCAUGUAUGUCAAAAGUCAGUGUUCAUCAAUGACAAAAAUUAAAUUAAAAUAAUUUGUAUUGUAAGGCCAAUUAAAAGUGGCACUGUGUAUGCAGAAUUGUGGAGAACAUGUAUUCAAAAUAAAAAGGCUUGAUGAUCAUGAGUCAGAAAUGUUUUCAUUUUAUUCAGCAAGCUAUACUGCACUGUAUUAUGAAAUCGGUUAUGAAACCUGGAUUAAAGAGUUUCCAAGUACAGUAUAAUCAUUUCUUGAAUCUAGUGAUAAUAGAACAUAACUAUAAACUUGUGCAAUUCAAAGAAUAUUUAUUUUCAACUUUGUGAUCUGUUUUCAUUUGAUUUGUUUUAAAAUAGGCAUUGUAGUAGAAACUGCUCCUGUUGAGUGUGGGCAAAUAAAUCACUCGGCUUGGAUAACUACUUCACUUUGCAUGAAUUGGAAAAAAUUGCAAAUAAUUAUAUAGGUCUGUACAGUGUCUAUUACAACUUUAAAAUUUACAGCUUGUUUAAAUAACUGACCAUUCUAGUUGAUUUUGUUACCAAAUUUGAUAGAUAAGUUCAUAUAUUAUUGAGUUUCCUGUCUUCAUGUACAAAUAAAAUAAAUUGGUUUAUCCAGAUACAGGCUUUUACAUAUUACUUAAUUUCAAGGUGGCUAAAAUGUAUACAAAUUAGAAAGAGACAUUGGUGAGAUAAAAAUUUAGGUUGAGAAAUUUACCAAAAUUUAUACUAACCAAAUUUUUCACAAUAUUUUUUUUCUUACUGAAUACAAUACAUUGCAAUGAAUUGCUUAUGUUAACAUCUGUUUAUACUUAUGUGAUGCUCUGGGCUCAUAGAAAUCUUUGCACAAUUCCAUUUUAUUUUGGUUUUAAAAUAUUCUGAUAUUACUGUUUCUGAAAGUGUUUAAGCAGUUUGCAUCUCCGUGUGAAACAUUAUUUUGUAUAGUGGAAAUAGACAUCCUGCCUAAAACAUUUUCUUUCAUUUGUAAUGUAAUAUACCGUGCUUCCAAACCAUCAUAUUCUGAGUACUGUAGCUCUUUGAACAGCUUCUUAAUUAUUUGUUUAACAUUCCACUCAGUGCAUCAGAAUAUAAUGGUAUGUGUGUGUGUUCCUAUAUGUUGCUGUCAUUCAGAAUCUGAGAAAUAGGGUUUGAAGUCAUUGAUACUGCAGACCAGUCUUAUACACCCUAGCAAUUUGUGUUUGUAUAGUUUUACAAAUGAUUUUUCAAUACACUCGUUCCAAUGACACUAAAUCAUGCCAUCCGUACUCCGACAGUAAACAUUCGAAUGACUUAUAAGUGCUUCUUUGAUGCAGACAAUGAGUCGCAAUAAUGUGGUUGAAUAUAUGAUGACCAAAGGACACAUCAGAAGAUGGAGAAACAUGCUUCAGUCCGUCCUGAACUAUUGUGUGUGUGAGGAAGAGAGGAAGGAACGAGCUAAUAAAGAGGAGAGUGAGUAAGAGAAAAGGUCAUUUCUAGAAGGGUAAGGUGAAAGAUACCAAUGGGAAGAGGUAAGAAUAAGAUGAAGGUAACAAAAAAGGGUAGCUUAAGUCAGGUCACAUUUGUUUAGAAUGUUAGAGCAUAUGAGUACAUACUGUGAAAGGAAAGAGUCAACACUAACAAACCCAGGACAAAGGUUCAUGUUGUGUAUCAGAGCCAAUUCGACAAGACAGCGACUGUGAAGAGUAGAGGCAGGAAAGAUAUGUAGAUCAAUCUAUAAUUGGUCUAUAAUUUUAGAAGACCAAUCUAUAAUUGGUCUAUAAUUUUAGAAGACCAAUCUAUAAUUGGUCUUCUUCUAAAAUAAUCUUUCCUGCCUCUACUCUUCACAGAUGUUAUUCUUCUCAAAGCGGCUCUGAUACACAACAUACCCAACAUAAACCUUAGUCCUGACUUUGUUGCUGUUGACUCUUCCCUUUCACAGUACAUACUCAAAUGUUCCAAUCUCAAUACAUGUGACCUAACUUAAGGAUACCCUUUUUCUUUCUCUUAUUCUUACCUCUUCCCAUUCUUCCUUCAUCUCAUUCUUACCUUUCAACGUACCCUUCUAGAAAUUACCUUCUUCUCUUACCUGCUCUCCACCUCACUCUCCUUUAUUAGCUCAUUCCUAAUAAAGCUCAUUUCCUAAUACUGUAUUAACUAGUUUCAGUCCAGGACGGCCUGAAACAUUGUUUUCUCCAUCUGAUGUGUGCUUUGGUCUUCAUCUAAUUGCUAUUCAUAAAUAUUCAUAUAUUCAUCGUUGCUGCUCAUAGUUGAUUAUAAAUACAUUUUUGUUUUUGCAUUUAUUCUCUAGAGUUGACUUGCAAACAUUUUGACACCAAAUUUAUAGUUAUAACCUAACAAACUUGGAAAACAAAACGAUUGUAAUCAUUUUUCUCAUCUCUGAGCGGCCCAGGGAGCCCAGAACAUCUAUGGCCAGGAAGGUGCGGAGAGGCUAGACUGCCAAUGUUAAUAUAUCCAAGGUACUCAACUUGUGAUGUUCAGGUUUAUGUAUGUUGAUAGGUUUUAGAAAUAUAAUGCUCAAAUGUGAAUAUUGGUCAGGGUUUUUUUCAUUAUUAUUUUGUUGAAUAUUUGUAUGUGUGUUAAAAAAUACUAUCAAAAGAAUAUUUUGUAUUACUAUAUCAAUAUUAAACACUUCUAACUUGGCUAGCUGUGUGGAAUAUUUCCUCAUGCAUAAUUAUGUAGUGUUACAACUAUGGUUCGAACUAUCAGUUCGGUAAGCUUCAGGGAGCCUCCGGGGUCUUCUCCCAGAAAAUGGCGUUUCAUUACAUUCAAUGCUGUUUUUUUGUGACUCAAUAUUUUAAUACCCUGUCUAACAUUCCAGAUGACCAUCAUGUCUUGAGUUAUGCUCAUUUUCCUGGAUGUUCAGGAUAUCUAUACCCAAUCUCUGACUGGAGGUUGGCAGGCAUUUGAUAUCAUGUUGCAAGCUUGUUGAACUGUCUGAACUUUGCUUCCUAAGUUUACCCACUGGGCUGCAUAUAGCUGUAGGCCUUGUAUUUUGUGUUCCAAACUGACAAUUUUGAACUAAAGAAUACAGGUCUAUUACUCAGCAGCAGCAGAUUAAGGGAGAGAGCGGCUGCGGGAGAGUAUGAAGCCAGACUGGAGGUGGCCAAACAUGGUGGACGUACAACUCCACAACACCGCCCAGCUGCUGUAGUCUGUCCCCACUACCUCGUGUGCUAUGUCGUUAUACACCUCUAGAAUGGUCAAGUAUGUUGACAAUUGAGGACAGAAAAGUAAACACACAGUUUGAAAAUUGGAAGAAAAAUCAUGAAUUAUUAAAAUUAUAGGAUGUAGGCAAAAUGUAUUCGAAAAGAAUAUUAGAAAAAUUUAGUUCAGUUUGUUGUACUAAAAAUGAAGUUGAGUAUAUUAAUAAUAAAAUAAAAAAAAGAGUAGAGCAAUAAAUUUAUUUCCUGAAAGUGUAAAGAUGUUUAACAAUUCUAAAAUGCAAAAUUUUAAAAUGUAACAAAAUUAAAAUGUGUGCCUGUCUAAAUAAUUGAAAGCUAUAAAGGCAGACCAAGUGACAAUUACUCAUUUAUAAGCCAGACAAAAUCCAGUCACAUUUGUUUAGAACUUUCCUUCUAGAAUUUUAGAACUAAAGAAAGUAACAUCCUUCCGUAUAUUUUGUAGGCCUAUAAGCUUAGAUUAAGAAAAUUGUAAAUACUGUAUAGAUCUAAUAUAUUUAUGAAUAAACCA